AUGGUGGUUGACGUUGACUCCGAGCGCCACCAGCCAGCAGCUCCAGCACCGCCGGCGCCGGCGGGCACUCCGCCCACCACAACCAGAACCAGCAACUCGGCAUCGGCGGUCAAGGAGGCCGACUUCCUCUGGGAGCUGCGCAAGUACGUGCUGCUGCAGGCGACGCUGGCGGCCACCAUCACCUACUCGGCGGGGAUGAGCCCGCCGGGCGGGUUCUGGCCCGACAACGACACCGACGGCGGCGGCCGCCUCGCCGGCGACCCCGUGCUGCAGUGCAGGUCACCUACCCGCGCCGCUACGGGGUUUUCUUCUACUUCAACGCCACGGCCUUCGUGGCCUCCGUCGUCACCGUCAACCUUCUCCUGGUCCACUCGCUGA